AUGGAUGCCCGACUAUAUCUCAAAAGCUACGGGUGGGAAGAUGGCCAGGCACUCAAGAAUGGUGGCAUCAAAAAGCCAAUAUUGGUGAAGCACAAGAAGGACAAGAAGGGACUCGGAUCAGAUGGUAACGAUGCAGAUGUAUGGUGGGAGCGUCUUUUUGACGGUCAGCUAAAGACACUUGAUGUUACCAGCAACUCCAGCGGAGUCAGUUUUGAGACAAACACGGUUGAAGCAGAGAACCAUCUUCGAAGGUCCAUGUCACCCUUGUACAAGAUGUUCGUGAAGGGUGAAGGACUCGCGGGUACCGUUGGGAGAACUGACAAUGCACACCAGAAGAGCACGAAGUUAGACAGCAAGUCGGCUAUAGAACAGUCAGAUUCGUUGAUGAAACGAACCAAGGAGAAGUCCAAGGAGAAGAAGAGUGAAAAGCUGGAUAAGAAGGAAAAGAAGGAUAAGAAGGAUAAGAAGGAUAAGAAAGACAAGAAGGCCAAGUCGAAAGAUGAAAAGUCGCUGAAGGAACUGAAGAAAGAGAAGAAGAAAAACAAAGAUAAGGAGAAUACUACCUCAUCUAAAUCCUCCAAGGCUGAGAAGAAAUCGCUGGAGUCGAAGACCAAGAAGGCCAAGCUGAAGGAUGGUCUGGAGAAGAAGUCCAAGAAGAGAUCUAGAGACGAAUCUGAUGAUUCGAAAGAAUCCUCCAAGGCCAAGAAGGCCAAAAAAUAA